ACGACCUCACGCACGAUGUUUUAUGGGUCCUCCUCCACCAUGGCUCCACCAUCCAAGAACCGGCUGAAGCGCCAGAGCCGGAUUUUCUCCCAAGUCUUGUACCGGACACUGAGCUACAAGGACCGGAGCUCAGCCUCUGCUUCCCCAGCAGCCAGGGAAGAUGACCCAGCCGAGCUCUCCACCCAGCUCUCAGCCCCUGGUGUCCUGAAGAUCUUUGGGGGCAACAUCUGUGCAGGCACCAACUACAAGAGCGUGCUGGCAACGGGCAGCUCGGGUGCACGGGAGCUAGUGAAGGAAGCCCUGGAGCGCUAUGGGCUGAGCCAGCUCAGCGCCGGGCAGUAUGCCCUGUGCGAUGUCAUCGGGAGGUUCGAGGGCCCUGAGAAACGGUGGCAGACGGAGGGACUGAGGGUCCUUGGUGACCACGAGAAGCCGCUGCUCAUCCAGGACCUCUGGAAGCCCAGGGAGGGCUUCUCACGGCGGCUGGAGCUGCACAAGAGGGCAGAGGCGGAGGCGCUGGCGGCCAGGGACGUGGACACCACCACCGCAGGUCAGAGCCGGAGGACGCAGGCGAGCAAGCCCAGCAUCAGCCUGUCGGCCCCCGACAUCUUGCCCUUGCACUGCACCAUCAGGAAGCUCCGACCUUCCCGGCAUCACUGGGAAGAGAAGCUGGUGCUGGAGCCCAUCGCCGGCGCCGGCAUCUCCGUCAACUUUGCCGAGGUGGCCCGGACGGUCGUGCUGCGGCACGGGGACCUCCUCUCCCUUGGUCUCUACUACCUGCUCCUCUAUAAGGCCCCCAUGAAGGCGCAGCCGCUGCCGGCGCAGACCCUGCUGAGGCUGCGAGCGCUGCACCCCGCCGUCCCUGAGGGUCCCCCUCUCUGUGGGGCAUGCGGCAACCUGCUGAAGGAGAGGGACCCUGCCACCAAAAAGCGGGGCCCAUCUCCCGUCAGCAGGCCCAGGACACCCCGCAGAAAGCUGCUGCUGGAGUUUGAGCCGGCGGCCGAGGACGUGCUCCUGCGGCGCAUCAUGACCCUGAUCGAGCCGGGCGGGGACGACCACAAGCUGACACCCGCCUUCCUGCUCUGCCUCUGCAUCCAGCACUCGGCCACCAGCUUCGAGCCGGGUGACUUCGGGCAGCUGCUGCUCAAAGCAGCCAAAAUGAUCCAGAGGACGGUGUGGGAGCGGACACGGGAGCUGGCUGAGAAGCAGUCCCAGCACCAGGACCCUGCCGCCCUGUCCCGCUUCACCAUCACCGACCUUCUCCCGGACCUGCAGCACAUCCUCUUCUGGAUGGCCAAUGCCAUCGAGGUCCUCUACUUCAUCCAGCAGAAAUCGCCCACCUACAUCCAGAGCAUGGAGGAGGAGCUGGACGUCAGAGGCUCCAAGGAGUCCCUGUUCUCCUCGACCAUCACAGCCAGUGAGGAGGCGAUGACGGUGCUGGAGGAGGUGAUCAUGUAUACCUUCCAGCAGUGUGUCUACUACAUCUCCAAGUGUCUGUACGUGUCGCUCCCUGCCCUCCUGGAGUGCAACCCCUUCCAGAAUGAGUGCCGGGAGAGCUGGCGGGCAUCCCCACCGCUGCCUGAGGAGCUCCGCAGGGUGGUGCUCAUCUACCAGGCGGUGCUGGACCUGCUCCACCAGUACGAAGUGCACCCAGAGAUCACCUCCCAGAUGUUUGCCUACCUCUUCUUCUUCUCAAACACCUUGCUCUUCAACCAGCUCCUGGAUAAGGGCUCCUCUCUCGGCUGCUUCCACUGGUCGCAGGGGGUGAAGCUGCGGGCCAGCGUGCGGCUGCUCCUGGAGUGGCUGCGCAGCGCCGGCUUCGAGCAGCUCGCCCAGCAGUUCUUCGCCAAACUCGCCAGCGUGGCCAACCUGCUGGCCAUGCCUGGCUCCCAGAUGGUCCAGAUGACCUGGCCGUCCCUGCGAGCCGAGUUCCCUGCACUGAGCCCCGCGCAGCUCCACCGGGUGCUGAGCCAGUGCCAGGCGGUGAUGGAUGUGGGCUGCAUCGCAGCGUGGCAGCCCAGCGAGGAGGAGAGCCCGGCCGCCUUCCAGCCUGAUGAGAUGCUGGAGUCCUUCGACAAUCACCCACCCAUCAUCCUGCCCAGCGGGGGCUUCAAAGUGGACCUGGAGGUGGAGACGUUGGAUGACAACAUCUACCGGCACCUCCUUUACAUCCGCCACUUCCUCUGGAGCCUGCAGAGCAAGAGCCCCCACACCAGCGAGGAGCCAGGCUCAGCACCCCCAAAGAAAGGGGCAUGCACGACGCCAGAUGUCCUGGAGGUGAGCGAGAGCCCGGCUGCUGCCCUGGGGAGCGCUGUCACCCAGGAGGACUGCUGCUCCUCGGGGGGCUGCGCUGAGCCAGAGGGGAGCCCCCUGCUCUGCCUGGCCCCCAACGGCUGCCCCUGCGAGCACCCCACUCGCGAGCCACUGCUCCAGGGCAGGCAACUGCAGCUGGGCAGGGGUCCGGCCACCAAGGCUGGUGCGGUGCCCACAGACCCCUCCUGCCUGCUGACGCCGCCCACCACCCCCCUGAACUUCGAGAGCCCAGAGUCCCCACAGGGCACCGGCAAGGGGCUGCAGGACACCCGGAGGAAUGGGAUGAACGGCACCAAAGGCAGCACCCCUGAAGGAUGCUCACCGACCCCCUAUGACUACCCCACGCCAGAGUCUUCCAGCCGCAGCUCUGCCACCGAUGACUUCUGCUACGUCUUUGUGGUGGAGCUGGAGAGGGGACCUAUCGGGCUGGGGAUGGGACUGAUCGACGGCCUGCACACUCCUCUCUGCUCCCCGGGGAUCUACAUCCGCACUCUGAUCGAGGACAGCCCCGCGGCCACCGACGGCAGGCUCUCCAUUGGGGACCGCAUCCUGGCUGUCAACGGCACCAGUCUCAUCGGGGCAGACUACCAAAGUGCAGUGGACCUCAUCCGCUCCGGAGGGAAGAAGCUGCGGUUUCUGGUUGCCAAGUCAGACAUGGAAAUAGCCAAAAAAAUCAGCUCCAGCUCCUCUUCCUCCUAGUUCUUGUGGUACAAGGGUCCUUCUGCAGAAGCUUGCAAGCACAGCUCUGCUUAAGGCUGCCCUUGGGGAGCCUGGAGUGCAAGAGGGAGGACCAGGACUCCACAACUGCCCUUGAUUUGCUUUUUUGACAUCUUGCUGCAGCAGAGGAAAGGAUAUGCAAGGGUCGUGCACGCUUCUCCCUCUGCACUGGCUGGGAGCAUCAUUCCUGAUCAGUUGCCUGGACUCAUACCCUUGGGUCGUCCUUCUCAGGAGCUUUCCUGUUCCUUUGUCCCCUCUGGCAGGGGACGGGAAAGGGCUGCUCCCCCCCACGGGGGGCUGUAGGCAGGCUUCUGUUCCUCAAGGCUGGCAGCUCUGUGUGAUCUCUCACGCUGGCAGGCAGAAGGCUUGAAACACCUUUGGGAUUUAAAGAUUAGCAUGUGGGGCGGGCCUGGCCUUCACUGUAGCAGUGGCCACCUGAGGUGCUGGCACAUCAGGCUGGAAGAGGGUUCCCAGCUCUGGUAAAGGCAGCAUGGGCACCCAGGAGCAGGAUUCCAAACAGGACGCAGUGCUAGGCGUGAAGUUCCCCGGUGCCAUAUCGGCAGCCAGGUGCCUUUCUGCUGCUGG